GUUGGGGUAGGGGUGGGGAAGGGAGGCUGGCAUAUACUUUUGCAUAAGCUGCUUGUAAUUUUCUCAUCUAUUGCCUUUUUGUCCUUUCCUUUCUUAUAUUUUCUUGUUUUCUUCCAUCUGCGUUUUUAUUUCUUGGGCAGCAGCAAUUAUUUCCUCUACUCCUUGGAUUUUUUGGUGGGAUACAGUUUGCUUUGGGAUGGUGCUGGUCAAUUCAUCCUUUUGCCACGGUAUAUGCAAUCUUUUUUUUUUCUUUCUCUCAUCUUAUCGGCGAUACGAGAAAAUGAUGAUGAAAACCGGUGGUAUGCUUCAGCUUGGUAUUUUGACGCUGUACAAUGGGCUGGGCUUGCUAUCGCUAGAUGGGAUCCAGACUACAAAACAGUUUCUCUUUAUUUUUUAUUUUCCUUUUCUUUCUUUCCAUGUCCAUAAUGUAUCAUUUGCACGCAAUCACAUCUUUUUAUACGAAUUUAUUCAUAAAAAUUCAUUCAUCUCAUCGAUUCAUUCUACUCUUAUUCUUUUUGCAUGUUUCAAAAGAUAUUGUGCAGUUAUUUUCUAUUCAAGCAGCGUGGAGGCCACUUGGGGUAAUCAUUAAUGCGCAUCUAAAGACAAAGAAAGCGCCAAGUGAAAAUUGGAAAAAAAAAACGACAAC